AUGUUGCGUGGCGCUACUUCCACUUCAGAGAGUGUUGGAGAUAACCAGCUGACUCCGGAGUGGAGUGCCAAGACACAGGCCAAGAACGCCGCGAUAAGCAAUGCCAAGCAAAUCCCAAGCCCUCGAAGCCUUUCGGGUCUGUGUGUUCGCUGCUCCGACGGUCUUCCCUUUGUUCCGUGA